AUGGCAGUCCCACAAGGGUAUCAAGUAGUUGGUCAAGGACAACAAGGUCCAACUUGUAUGCAAAAGCUGAAGAUGGGCUUCAUGAUGGGAGCCAUGAUUGGAGCUUCAACAGGAGUGUUAUUGGGUGGAUUCUCCGCAUGGAGGUAAGGACUAGUGGUUGAAAGCAUCGAUUUAUUUCAUGAAACUAUUAAUAUCAAAUAUACACAAUCUUAUUGGACGUAAGGUUUAACUUUAUAUUGUUACCGUUUUAGAAUGGGAUUGAGAGGAAGAGAAAUGUUGAUUCAAACGGGCAAGAUUGCUGCUCAAUCUGGCGGAUCUUUCGGCGUUUUCAUGACAGUGGCACAAGGAUUGAGAUGUUAG